AUGUGUGUAGUACAGCUUCUUAAUACUAAAUAUAGGUUAUUCCUCGUCAGCGUUUACGUAGAACCUACUAAUGAUAUAAACAACACACUUAAUCACUUGGAACUUUUUCUUAAGGGUCACGCCAACAAGCAUAUCAUAAUUGGAGGUGAUUUUAAUGGAUGGCAUACUGCUUGGGGCUCCAAUAUUUCUAAUAAAAGAGGUCGUAACGUACACGAUAUAAUUAUGUCAAAUGAUCUUAUAGUCUUCAAUGACGGUAAAUUUCCAACUUUUGAGACAGUGACCCAUGGGACAAGCCGUAGUUCCUUUAUAGAUUUGACAAUGGCGUCAGCAAAUAUAUCAAAUAAAAUAGAUGGUUGGCAGGUAAAUAUGAAUGCAUGCCCCUCAUCGGAACAUAAUGCUAUAGACUUCCUUUUAAAACUUAAUAAUGACACGUUACAUCGAAAAAAGAAAUCUACGACUUACAGAUACAACACUAAAAAUGCUGAUUGGUCCACAUUUUGUAAUCAGAUAAAAUUGGCAAUGGAAAAAGAACAGUUAACAACUAAAAACAUAGAACUUUUCGACGUACAGGACAUAGAUAAUUAUAUUAAGGACAUAACAAAUAUUAUUCAAAAAGUCAGCAGCAAAGUAUUUAAACAUAGGGGAAUAGCUAAAACAUAUAUUCCAUGGUGGAAUUCUGAAUUAGAAACACUUAAACUUGGCGUAAUUAAAAUGCAUCACAGAAUCCAAACACUGAAGCGUAGCAGGAAACCACUAGACCGUGUAUUACUGGAAAGAAAACAAUUAAAACAAGAAUAUUUGGAUGCUAUUAGGAAAGCAUCCACAGAGAAUUUUAAGGAAUUUUGCAGCAAACAAGGCAAAGAAGACGUCUGGUCGUUAACAAAUAGACUUUUAAAGAAUUCUCCACAACCUGUGCUUCCAUCUACAAUUAGAGUAACUCCAACAAACUUCACCACAACAUCUAAAGAAACGGCUCAUGUUCUCCUAAACAAAUUUUAUCCUAAUGACACAGAAGAUGACACGGAACAACAAAAGCUACUUAGACAAAGUAUGUAUUGUGAACCAAACACCUCAGAUGAUCGUUUCUUUACAGAAGAAGAAGUGAUUGACUGUCUCAAAACAAUUAGUCCGAAUAAAGCUCCAGGAACCGACCACCUAACCGCGGAUAUUUGCUUAGCAUUCACAACAAUAUAUAAAACAGCCAUAAAUAAACUACUAAACCGAUGUUUUGAAAUAUCCUACUUUCCAAAGCAAUGGAAAAUUGCACAUGCCAUCAUACUUCCCAAAUUUAAUAAAUCAGACUACUCCGAUCCUUCCUCUUAUCGCCCUAUUGGUCUUAUAAAUGUAUUCGGCAAACUUUUUGAGAAAUUGUUAAGUAAAAGACUGACAUAUCACAUGAGCGUAAACAAUAAAACAAACCCAAAACAGUUUGGAUUUAAAGAACAGUCAUCUACGUGCCACGCACUCAAAAACGCAGUCGAUAUUAUUAACACAUCAAAAAGUAAAAAGGAACUGGUAAUUGCUGUUUCAUUAGAUAUACAAGCGGCGUUUGAUAAUGCUUGGUGGCCUAUUCUAUUUAAACGAUUAAAACAAAUUAAAUGUCCAAGAAAUAUAUAUAACUUAAUACUUAAUUAUAUUAAAGAUCGCUUAGUUACUCUAAAUUACGCCGACGUCACUGUAAAUAAAACUAUGACCAGAGGAUGCGUUCAGGGUUCGGUCUGUGGGCCCCUAUUCUGGAACCUUAUUCUUGACGACCUCUUCGACACUCCACUACCCGAAGGAUGUUAUUUACAAGCCUUUGCAGACGAUGUCUUGCUAAUCGUCGCACACAAAAAUGUUAGUGAACUUCAAAUUGCCGCAAACUCAGCCCUUGAGUCGAUCUCUGAAUGGGGUAAAGAGGCUAAGCUUAGAUUUGGUCCAAACAAAACCCAAUUAAUAACGUUCACCGGCAAAGCUAAAAUGGCUAAGAUUGUAAUGUCUGGCACAACUUUGGAGUUUUGCAAAGAAAUCAAGCUCUUAGGAGUUAUCAUUGACAGAAACCUGAAAUUUAUUGAACAUACAAAAUAUAUAACAAACAAAGCUCUUAAUAUAUUUAAAAAACUUUGUGUAUAUAUAAGGCCAACAUGGGGUAUAAACUCCGAAAAUAUAAGAAUAAUAUAUAUGCAGGUAAUAGAACCUAUAAUCACGUACGCAGCAGGUAUUUGGGGCGGUGCUACCAAAUUCAAAAUAGUAAAGGACAAACUAAUAUCACUGCAGCGUGGUUUUGCCAUCAAGAUAAUCAGAGCUUUCAAAACAGUUUCCGCCUCUGCUGCAAUCUCGUUAGCCCUACUCACCCCCCUUCACUUAAAAGUAAUAGAAGUCGCCAACAUAGAAACUUCUAAAUUAACUGGAAAAACAGAGUUGUUACCCGAUGAUAUUGUAAUAGAGAAACCACUGACACCAUCACAACUUCUUCAUCCAGCUGACAGGAAAACCAUUGAAAUUAACAUGGCAACCACACAGGAAGACAUUGAUAAAAAUUACAAUAAUCAUACAACGAAGAUAUUCACAGAUGGGAGCAAGCAUAAUGAUGGUAGCACAGGUGCAGCAUUUGUAGUACAAAUUAAUGAUAAAAUAAAAAUACGCAAGAAGUACAAACUACAUCCAAGCUGUACUGUAUUCCAAGCGGAGCUUUUGGCUAUAGAAAGAGCAUGUAAAUGGGCUAUUCAAACAGGUGUCAAUAACCUCUCAAUACUUACGGAUUCACUUUCAGGCUUAAAGGAAAUACAAAACAAAGACAGUACAAAUCCAUUUGUAGUGUCCAUACACAAAUGUAUACAUCAAAUAUGUAACGCAGGAACAGGAACAAUUAACUUUAUUUGGGUAAAAGCACACAAAGGUUUGACCGGUAAUGAAGAAGCGGACUCAACAGCCAAACAAGCUGCUAGUUCGCACAGUAAAUAUGAAUACGACAACACUCCUUUAAGCUACUUGAAACACAACUUCAAACAAAUAACUUUAACUAAUGCCGAUUCAUACUACAAAGACUCUGUUCAAGGGCAAUAUACAAAAAGUAUAUGUCCUGAUAUUGAAUCCAUACAAAAUCUGUGGGAAGCCUUUAAACCCUCUUUUGAAUUUACGCAAAUUUUGACCGGUCACGGAUUCAAUCUAUCGUACCUGUACAGAUUUAAAAUUAAAUCAACUAAUAAAUGCCCAUGCAACGACAACUCUGAACAAACAUUCAAGCACUUAAUCGAAGAAUGUCCAAGAUACUCAAAUACCAGGAAUGAUCACAUAAUUACCUCACUGGCAAGGCUGACUCCUAUACACAUUAAAAUUAAUGAACUGGCAAUCAUCGAAACAACGAAACUAACAGGCACAAGCAAAUAUCUUCCAACAGACAUUAGUUUAGACACACCAUCGAAACCAGAAGAACGAUUACAUCCAUCUCGUCGCAAAAUUAUCCAUUACCAAGAAGCCAAUAACGCUCAAGAAGUCAAUCAGAUUCUCCUCGAAAACACUCAUCACAUCUACACAGAUGGUAGUAGACACGACCAAAAGGUUGGGGGAGCUUUUGUUGUAUAUUGCCCCAAUGGUAAAAUUAUAACUAGAAAACUAAAACUCCAUAGUUCUUGCUCGGUGUUUCAAGCUGAGUUGAAAGCCAUAGAACAAGCUUGUGUGUGGCUUGCAGAUAAACACAUUCCGAAUGCAGCUAUUCUGACUGACAGCAAAUCUGGACUACAAGAAAUCGGUAACCCCAAUAGUACAAACCAAAUAGUUACCAACAUCCACAGAAUGCUAGACAACCACAGCUUAUCAGUUAAUUUCAUUUGGGUCAAAGCCCACACAGGUAUAGCUGGUAACGAAGCUGCUGACCUGGCAGCCAAAGCUGCAGCCACAAGCCAUAACGUCCCUAUUCUCAUAAAAUUUCCAAUUAGCUUCGUAAGAAAACUUGCUCAACAAGAUAGUAAAGUAGCUUCCGAACAAUUUUACCAAGAUAACAUGAAAGGUGAAAUAACCAGAAAAUGGCUCCCUACACUUACACACAUACAAGAAUUAUACCAAGUCACCAAGCACUCAUUCACACUAACACAAAUUCUUACAGGUCACGGCUACCACAAAGAGUACCUUCAUAGAUUUAAAAUAGUGGAAAAUAACACAUGCCCUUGCGACGACACUGCAGUACAGUCAAUUUUCCAUUUACUUAAUGAUUGUCCAAAAUUCCAAGCUACACGUCUAACCCAUACGAUAACUUGCGCCAAUUUUAAAGUACAACCCUUCUCCAUUGAAGAAAUUAUUAAAAAGGAAAGCACAUUUGAAACGUUUCUACACCAUAUUAAUAGUAUAAUAAAAAGUCUCAAGAAAUUUAACGGAACAGAAUAA